AGCUAAGCUACAAAAUACAAGGACUUGGUGCUAGGCUUACAUAGUUGUUAUAUAUAUAUAAUAUAUUAUAUAUAUUUACAUAGUUGUAUAUGCAUGUGAGUGAGAGUUGUGACAAAAAGUUUAAUAUGAAUAUCCCGUUGCUUACGCCGGCUCCUUUUUGUCUUUCUACUUCGGCUUUUGCACUUUGGACUCACUCUUGAGCUCUCUCUCUCUCUUUCUCUUUUAAAGUUCUCAACUUUCCGGCCGUCACCCACCAUUUUUUCCGGCGAACUGGUCCUUUCUUAAACUAAAAACAUGGGUCUGCCUUGGUUUUUGAUUCUCUCCUUGUCUGUAGCUUUCUCCUUCUUUGAACCUCUCCUUGCUUCUUCAGCUCCACUCGACGCAUUGUCUCUUCUCCGCUUUAAAGACUCCGUAACCGCCGACCCUUUCAAUAUUCUCGCCUCUUGGAAGUUGGACCAGUCCUCCUCCGACCACCAUUGCCGCUGGUAUGGCGUCACCUGCCACCCACUCUCUCGAAGAGUCAUUUCUCUUAACCUCACGGCUGACUCCUCCGCCACCCUCACUGGGACCUUAUCGGCUUCCGUAGCGAACCUCACUCAGCUUCGGGUUCUCUCAAUCCCUCAUCAUAACUUUUCCGGCGAGAUCCCCACACCCAUUUCCAAGCUUCCGUUUUUGGAAGUUCUUGAGCUUCAAGCUAACAACUUUUCCGGCUACAUUCCAACCCACAUAGCUCGCUUGCGUUCUCUUCGGCACCUUAACUUGUCGUCCAAUCUCUUUUCGGGUCCGAUACCGGCGAGAUUGAUUGGCUCCGGGAGGCUGGCUGUCAUUGAUUUGUCGAAUAAUCAACUUUCCGGGAGAGUUGAAGUGGGUGGAUCAUGUGAGUUUUUGGAACAUUUGAAGCUCUCUAAUAACUUUCUCACCGAACCCAUUCCGACUGAGAUCUCAAAAUGUUGGAAUCUCAGGACCCUUUUGCUCGACGGGAACAUCUUAGAAGGAAGGAUCCCUGCCCAGAUGGGGAAACUUUCUGAGCUUCGUGUUCUUGAUGUUUCAAGGAACAGUCUGACUGAGAGAAUUCCUAAAGAGCUCGCCAACUGUUCGAAACUAUGUGUUCUUGUGCUCACUAACUUAGUAGAUGAAGACAGCACACUAGACAGCGCUAGAGGAGAAUUCAAUGCUUUUGUGGGAGCCAUUCCUUACGAGCUGAUAUUACUUCCGAGCUUGGAGAUUUUGUGGGCUCCAAGGGCUAAUCUUGCUGGAAGAUUACCUAGCACUUGGACUCACUCCUGCUCACUCAGAGUUGUGAAUUUGGGGCAGAAUUAUAUAACUGGAGUUUUACCUGAGGGCAUCAAGAUGUGUAAGAACAUGAGUUUCUUGGACCUGAGUUCCAACAAUUUAAAGGGCCAUCUCCCUCUCCGACUCCCAAUUCCAUGUAUGCUUUAUUUCAAUAUCAGCAGGAACCAAAUAUCUGGUUUUCUGCCAACUUUUGGUAACCUGAGCAGUUCUGAUGCUAGCAUAGUCAGUUCUAAUUUGGAUAACCAAGAUAUUCUGAAUGCUUAUGUUGGAUUGGGGUUAGAUAAGAAUGUUUGGAUCAUCCAUGAUUUUAGUUGGAAUAGAUUUGUGGGUCCGUUACCUUUGUUCUUUGUUGGAGAUGAGUUAUUGGCAACAACUAAUCAUAACUUCUCAUACAGAUUGUUGCUUAGUAAUAACAGGUUCAAUGGGUCACUUCCUCUCGGGAUGAUUCCUCAGUGUAAUAGUUUCAAGAGCUUCUCCAUCAACUUAAAUGCCAACCAACUAUCAGGUGAAAUCUCUCAUGCAUUGCCAGUUGAUUGUCUACGGCUAACAGAUUUUGAAGCAGCUUACAAUCUGCUUGAAGGGUCCUUUUCUGGUUCAGCUAUUAGUCAUUUGGUGAGGCUUCAACGCCUUGACUUAAGAGGAAACGCACUAUCUGGCCCUCUGCCUCAUGAGUUGGGGAACGUGAAAAGCCUCAAAUGGGUGCUUUUGGGAGGGAACAACAUGACAGGAGAAAUCCCUUCUCAACUUGGUCACUUGACUUCUCUAGUGGUUUUGGAUCUUUCACAGAAUGCUCUAACAGGAUCCAUUCCUGCAAGUUUGACAAAAGCUUCUGGUCUUGAAACUGUUUUGCUUGAUCACAACAGGCUAUCUGGGAAGAUACCAUCUUCUUUCUCGACCCUUGUGCAUCUCACUCAACUGGAUGUGUCCUUUAACAACCUUUCUGGUCAUAUUCCUCUUCUUCAACGCAUCAGUGGCUGUGAUGCCUUCAAGGGAAACAGAUAUCUUCAGUCUUGUCCUGAUCCUUACUCAGCUUCGCCAGCAAAUCUUCCCGUGCCGCUCGAAGUACACAAAUGGCACAGCCACAAAAGGAUAAAGACUCUGAUCAUUGCUGCAGUAACUUGUGCAUCUGUUGUUGUGUGUGUGCUUGCAGUAAUGGUUUUGUUCCUACUUUUUGGAAGAAAAAAGCUCAGCAGACUCAGCAGCCUGCAGAGGAAAGUAGUAGUGACCUUUGCUGAUUCUCCUAGUGAGCUGAAUUAUGACAAUGUGGUAAGAGCAACUGGAAAUUUCAGCAUCCAGAAUCUGAUUGGGACAGGUGGGUUUGGCUCGACAUACAAAGCCGAAUUGGUGCCUGGUUUUCUGGUAGCUGUGAAGAGGCUUUCGAUUGGUAGAUUCCAAGGUGUGCAACAAUUUGAAGCGGAGAUAAGAACAUUAGGUCGGAUUCGACACAAGAACCUUGUAACACUUAUUGGAUACUAUGUUGGGGAGGCUGAGAUGUUGUUAAUAUACAAUUAUCUCUCUGGUGGGAACCUUGAGAGCUUCAUACACGAGAGAUCAACCACAAAAGUCAAUUGGGGAGUCAUUCACAAAAUAGCCAUUGACAUAGCUCAGGCCCUGGCCUACCUGCACUAUUCCUGUGUUCCUCGCAUAGUGCAUAGGGACAUCAAGCCUAGCAACAUCUUGCUCGACCAUGAUCUCAAUGGAUAUCUCUCUGACUUCGGGUUAGCUAGGCUUUUAGAAGUUUCUGAAACACAUGCCACUACAGAUGUGGCUGGAACAUUUGGGUACGUAGCCCCGGAGUAUGCUACCACUUGCAGGGUAUCUGACAAGGCUGAUGUUUACAGCUUUGGUGUUGUUUUGUUAGAACUCAUGUCGGGAAAGAAAUCACUUGAUCCUUCGUUUUCAGAUUAUGGAAAUGGUUUCAAUAUCGUUGCAUGGGCCAAGUUGCUAAUAAAGGAAGGCCGUUGCUCAGAGCUCUUCUGUCCACAGUUGUGGGAAGCAGAAACUGAGCCUGAGGAGAAGGAGAAGUUGUUAGAAUUGCUGCGGCUUGCAUCAAUCUGCACGGUGGAAUCACUUUCUGUUCGGCCAUCAAUGAAGCAGGUUCUUGACAAGUUGAAACAGUUGAGAACUUAAGAGAGCUACUGACUGGUCUUGGACAAAUGACUACUACACAAAUUCAUUUGAUCACAUCUACUACAGGCUAAGUGAAGAAAGCAGGCUGUGAUACAUGUGAACUCUCAAGGCUUUGUGUCCUUGUUUGUUGAUUGGUGUGUUCCUACUUCCUCCAAGCCACCAAGCAUUUGUUUUCAAGUUGUACGAGUCUGAGAUUUGGAAACAAAGCGGAGAUGCCCAUAAAAAGUAUUGAAUUUACAACAUACAAAAGUCACUCCUUAAGAACAAACUCCUCUGUGGUAAUGCCGAUUAUCUCAUUAGCUUGUUUCAAAUCAACGCAUGAAUACAUUCCAGUACUAUCCUGAGAUCAGUGAAAGAAUAGGAGAAAGAAAAGGCAUAUGAG